GGAGCUGGUGCUGGCCGAUGUUGACAUCUGCUAAAAACUACAAGUCCCAGGGUGACCCACGGCCCCUGCCCACUGGGAGGUCAUGUGACCCGUACUCACGUGUCUCUGGAGCCGGCUUGGUAAAGUAGCGUCCUAGAUUUUAGGUAAUGUCUUAAGAGCUGGAGGCUAGAGAGUGACGAGAGGAGAAUCCGAUCCCAGAUCUGCGGGGAGAAGAACAGCCCCUUCCACCAUAGCCAAGCAGGUGGAAAGAGCAGGUUAACAAGAGUCCUCACAGGAUAACAGCCCAGAAUCGACAGGGGUUUUCUCAUCUACAACAGGAAUGUGGUCGUGAGGCAGAACCCUAGCUUUUGGAGAAAGAAAAAUCUCAGAACCAUGGCUCAGGUCUGCAUCAACAGUGACUAUAGUGAGUGGGGCUCCAGCACCGAUGCAGGGGAGAGGGCCCGUUUGCUCCAAAGUCCCUGUGUGGACAUGGCCCCCAAGAGUGAGGGGGCAGUGUCUCCUGGAGAUUCAGAUAGAGGUACUACUUCUACGCUUGGAGCCAUCUGCAUCGUUGUCAAUGCCUGCCUAGGUGCAGGGCUGCUUAACUUCCCAGCAGCCUUCAGCACUGCUGGGGGUGUGGCUGCUGGCAUCGCGCUGCAAAUGGGCAUGCUGGUUUUCAUCAUCAGCGGUCUUGUCAUUCUGGCCUACUGCUCCCAGGCCAGCAAUGAAAGGACCUACCAGGAGGUGGUGUGGGCCGUGUGCGGCAAGCUGACAGGCGUGCUGUGUGAGGUGGCCAUCGCAGUCUACACCUUCGGCACCUGCAUUGCCUUCCUCAUCAUCAUCGGGGACCAGCAGGACAAGAUUAUAGCUGUGAUGGCAAAGGAGCCUGAAGGGGCCAGCAGUGGCCCUUGGUACACAGACCGCAAGUUCACCAUCAGCCUCACUGCCUUCCUCUUCAUCCUGCCCCUGUCCAUCCCCAGGGAGAUCGGCUUCCAGAAAUAUGCCAGCUUCCUGAGUGUUGUGGGAACCUGGUAUGUCACUGCCAUCAUAAUCAUCAAAUACAUCUGGCCCGAUAAAGAGAUGGUCCCGGGGGAUAUCCUGACCAGACCAGCUUCCUGGAUGGCCGUGUUCAAUGCCAUGCCCACCAUCUGCUUCGGAUUUCAGUGCCACGUGAGCAGCGUGCCCGUCUUCAACAGCAUGCGGCAGUCUGAGGUGAAGACCUGGGGCGGGGUGGUGACAGCCGCCAUGGUCAUAGCCCUGGCUGUCUACAUGGGCACAGGCAUCUGUGGCUUCCUGACUUUUGGAGCUACUGUGGAUCCUGAUGUGCUUCUGUCCUAUCCCUCAGAGGACGUGGCUGUGGCUGUUGCCCGAGCCUUCAUCAUCUUGAGCGUGCUUACCUCCUACCCCAUCCUGCACUUCUGUGGACGGGCGGUGGUGGAAGGCCUAUGGCUGCGUUACAAGGGGAUGCCAGUGGAGGAAGACGUUGGGCGAGAACGUCGACGCCGUGUCCUGCAGACGCUGGUGUGGUUCCUACUCACCCUGCUGCUGGCACUCUUCAUCCCUGACAUCGGCAAGGUCAUCUCGGUCAUCGGAGGCCUAGCCGCCUGCUUCAUCUUCGUCUUCCCAGGGCUUUGCCUUAUUCAAGCGAAACUGUCAGAGAUGGAGGAGGUCAAACCAGCCAGCUGGUGGGCACUAGUCAGUUAUGGAGUUCUCUUGGUCACGCUGGGAGCCUUCAUCUUCGGCCAAACCACAGCCAAUGCCAUCUUUGUGGACCUCUUGGCAUGACCACUGCCUCCCAGGCAACAUGUGCCCAUUGGGCCCAGGAGCCAUCUCUCAAACUAUGGGACCACCCAAAGUCCCACAUCCCAUUCCAGACACUGGGAUGAUGCCUAGACACCUGUUUCCAAGGACAGUUAUGGGGCAGAAUCGGCCACACCUGCAGACAGCUCAAGCCCAGCUGCCUUCCUGCUCCCUAGCCCUGGCAUUGUCGAAGAUGGUGGCAGGAAGGUCCCACAUCACAGACAAGCUUCUUCUUCUCCCAGCUCUUCAUUUCAAGCUGUUGGAACUCAUGGAUGGAGAAGGUCAGUGAGUCUGAGAAGAGACAGCCUAUUCUGACUUCCCUCAAGAAAGACCAUGUGCACAGGGCUGGCAUCCUCCCCAGAGCGUGACAGGACUGUGGUCAGUACCUCCGGGCUCACUGCCCACCCAUGUCUCUCAGAAGCCAGUGGUGGCUUCCCCUAGAACCUGGCAACUUUCAAAGGAGCUGCUGACAUCACACAAAUGUCCAUUCCAGUAUGGGCCCCCUCUGAGUCUGGUAGCCUCACAAAUCUUUAGGAACCCCAUUCUGACUUUCUCCAAACCUGAUAGUCCAGAUUGGGUAUCCUUCUCCUGAACCCCCAGACAUCAUCAAGUCUAAUGUUUACAAAUGGUGCCAGCCUGGCUCUGGAGCUGGGGGCCGCUGUGCCACGGUGCUGUGAGCAUUCCUCCGUUAGCUUUCCCCAUGGGCAAAGGGUCUGUUUGUCUCUCUCAGAUUUCAGGUGGGCCCAUCUUUUCAGAGGCUCAAGGAUGGAUGGGUCAUGGGGCACCUGGGAACCUUUUGGAACCUUCCUGCAGGCCAGGCUGGCCAGGAUCCAGGUGAAACUCCAACAUGAUUGCUUCACUCCUCCCAGCCUGUCCUAGCCUGAGAACUCAGCGAGAAAGAGGUUAAACUGAGGGCCCUGGAAGUUUCCCUUCCUAUUUCCAUAUUGACUGUUCCCUCCAUCCCUACACCCUACCUGCCCCACUACCCUAUCUCUUUCUCUUUAGCUCUAGUCUCUCCCAUUUGUGGUGGAUGUUUUUGUUAUUUGCUGGUAGAGUGGAUGGCACCAAACCCUCUCAUCAGCUUGUCCAGUCCCACAUCUGUCAAGUGUGGCUUCAGUGACCUGACAAUCCCAUUGAGGUCAUACCUGAAUUGUUUCCCCAGGUAGAGUGAGGCGGGAUACUAUUCCUGUUUUUGACCACCUUUGUCCCUCACCUGCCCCUGCUCACUUUGGUAAAUCCCAGGUACAGAAUUGGAGUUCCUCCAUAGCAUUUUCUUGGUCCCCCCUGCCUAAAAUGCCUAUAUCCUAGAAGUGAGAGGAACCCCUGCCCAGCAGCCCUCCAACUCAGGUCAGUCCAAUCUAGGAGGCAGAGGCUGGGUGGAGGCCAGUGAGGCCUCUGCUCAGCAUCCGUACUGGAUGAGCUCUUCUUUCCCAUCCGUGCCUGGUCCCACUGUGCUGGUUGCUCUCAGGCUCUUACACAGCCCCAACCUCCAUCAAGGCCAGGGCAGCAUAAUGGGCAGGGCUGCACAGCCUCAAAGUGCUGUCUUCAGGGGUAGCCAAGCAUAAGGCUGGGAUACUGCAUAGAGACAGGGACAAGAGACCAGAACCUGGCUUCAGCUGACCUCAGAACCCACCUUCCUGCCCUCUCCUCUACCUUCCUUAUCAGGUCUCAUUGGUUCUUUUCUACUCAAUCAGGAUGGUUAAUAAAGGGGGCUUGUGUUGCUGA